GUAUGUGAGUAAAUGUCAAACAUAUUUCAAAAAUAGAAGGAGACAAUUUUUUUGUCUUUUUAAGUCUCGAAAUAUAGUCAAAGAUGUUAAGUAGAGUAAAUAUUUCUGAAGUCGCAUUUUUUUUAAUAUGCUUUAUUGUUUUGAACGUUUCAAUCGAAGCAACAACAUUUGAUAUGAAAAAAUCUAGAGAGAUGGGAAAUUGUGAACAAUUGCCAGUAAAAGUUUUGAAGCGAGUUCACGGGCCGGCAUUUGAUGCUCGUUACAUGAGUAUAGAACAACCAUUGGAUAAUGAUGAAUUCAGUAGAUUCGAUAUAAUGGAUACAGUGAAUCGUAAACGAAAUAUCGACGCAGAUAGGCCAUCAUUUUACUUAACCGACAACCAUACAGAAGUAUUGAGUAAUGAAGCAGCAUGGAAUAUUCAAUGGGAUACAUUUGAAAUACAAAUAAAUAGUCAAUCACGUAGAAAAAGAAGUUUGUUACCAAUUGGCAACGAAUUUCAAGAUUUUCCAAUUUCUUCGGGUAAUUUGAAACAGAACAAACGACAAAGUCAUGCGCAUAGCAAGAAAAGUGACAAAACUGAGCCAUGGCAAUGCGAGCAAAAAAUUAAAUGGAUUCAUCUUGGAUUGGACUACUAUCCAUCUCAUCUGAAAACUGUCAAGUGCACAGAACCUAAGUGUUUUUACAAAAUGCACGAAUGUAUGCCAAGACAUUUUGCCGUUCGAUUAUUACAAAGACGUCGUGGUGCAUGCGCAGAUGCCUCCAAUCUCAAAGCAUAUGGUUUUUCAGGCCCAAAAUAUGUCGAGGUAUGGGAGUGGAUUGAAGUUGCUGUAAAUUUCUGUUGUGUUUGUGCUGCCGCAUCAAUAAAUAAUUCAUAGUUUUUUUUAAUGAUUCUCUCUUUUUUUUUGCAAUUAUAUACUAAUUAUAUUAAAAAUUUAAAUUAUCAGAUAGGUUUG